GCAUUUUGCAUAAAUAUUUUCUGGUUUGUUGGCAAACGAAAAUAACUCAACAUCAAUAUACAGUUUGAAGGACUUUACAACCUAGUUUAGGAAAGCUGGAAAUGUGAAGUACAACUGUUUAAUUUGUUUUACAUUUCCUUACAAUCAUGGGUCCAGUGUCGUGGAAGAAUGCAUCAACAUUGAUUGUAUUAGCUAGAAAUCGACUCAGCCAGUUUGUUAUCAGUAACAAUAAGAAUGAUGUGCAAAGACUGCUUCCUGACUAUAGCUGCAUGUUAUUGAAACGUAGUUCCCAAAGUAAAUUCUUUGCUAAUGCUUUUGUCUUUCCUGGAGGAGCCACAGAAGUUGCAGAUUUUUCUCCAUCUUGGCUGGAGCAUUUUAAUGAACAUGGCUACAAUCGAGAAAAGUUAGCAUCACACUUUGUUGUAUCCCAGCCCGAUAAAGUUCCGCUGUAUGCUGAUAUUCCCAAUUCAGACUGCAUACCAGAAGUUGGUUAUCGUAUCAGUGCCAUUAGAGAAACAUUUGAGGAAACAGGGGUUCUAUUUUGCAAACCAGCCCAAAUUCAGGGACAGUCUAAUAAUAUUCUGAAAGUCGAUGAUUUGAUAGAAUGGCAAAAACGCAUCCAUCAUAAUCCCGAAGAGUUUCUCCAUUUGUGCAAAAAAUAUUUUUUGCUCCCUGAUCUCUGGUCAUUAUAUGAAUGGUCUAACUGGCUUACUCCUACCAAUAUGGGUCCUAAGCGAUAUGAUACCAUGUUUUAUGUCUGUGUCGUUGACAGCAUCCCGGAUGUUCGAAUCGAUGGAAAGGAGAUCACCCAAGUUCUGUGGACCGAUCCGUACAAUGCCAUUUUAAAACACGUACAAGGUCAGAUUUGGUUGGCUCCUCCGCAGCUUUUUGAACUAUGCCGAUUCGCCCAGAUCGAUACUGUUGAAGACCUGAAAAUAUUUUGCGAAAAAAGGCAACAAAAAGGGAUAGAACGUUGGCUUCCCAUUCGCUCUCAGUUCGAAGAAGGAUAUAUGACCAUACUUCCGGGUGAUUCGCUGUACCCGGUACCUAAAGAAACCAACAGUUCAAACAUCGAAGAUGGACAGUUAAGCUCAAAAAAUAUGGAGAUAUUAAAAAACAGGAUUUGCUUUACAAGCCCAAAUCUCUUCCGGAUAGUUUGUAACGUCGUUGAUCCCCAUGGUCAUAAGCAACCCAGAAAUUUAGUCGACGAGAUGACUGAGAAUAUGCAUCAGUCGAAAAUGUAGAUUUCUUGUCGAUAAACAACAAAAGCAAAAGAACAUACAACUUAAGAACUUGAAGAAGUUUUCUUUAGCAAAGUAACCUUCGGCAAAGGUAUUCUGUCACUGUCCGUUAAAUGCAAAAAUUCUUAAUCAUGUUGUAAUGCUGAGAUUAUUUUGUUUUCAUUUUCAUGAAACUGUUAUGCAAAUAGUUGCGAAAAAUUUAUGUGACUCUUUUGGUAUAUUGGGAAACACUUUCACGAAUUCCACUGUGCAUUGCAGGAGACCGUGUACACACAGAUCUCGCAGACACGUACAAG